AUGGGUUCUUGCAAGUUCAAAUAUCCGAAAAUGUUUGUUGAUCAAACAUCAAAAGGAAAUGAUUCUUAUCCAAUUUAUAAAAGACGAAAUACACGUGAAGUUGUGAAAAAUAAUUAUGUGAAUAUAGAAAUAGAUGAGGUAAAUGAAUAUCGGUCUGAUAGAUGGGUAUCACCUCCGGAAGCUAUAUGGCGUCUCUUUCGUUUUCCUAUUAGCGAAAUGUCUCCGAAUGUUUAUCGUCUUCAGCUGCAUCUUGAUGGACAACAACUUGUUUCUUUCAAGAAAAAUAUGAAUGUAAAUACGAUUGUAAAUAAUACCAUGAUUAAAAAAACUAUGCUGACCGAGUUCUUCUAUAUGAACAAAGCAGAUAAGAAUGCCACGAAGCUGAACUUACUGUACAUAGAAUUUCCUGAAUACUUUGUGUGGUCCUCCAGCAACAAAUUUUGGACACUUCGACAGCGUUGUUGUGUUGUUGGUCGGUUUGUAACAUGUCAUCUGAUAGAAGGAGAAUAA